AUGCGUAACAUCAUGGAUAAUGGUCAUCCCGCAGGCCUGAUCACCCAGCUGGAAGCAAGAUGGGUGGAAAUAUAUCCCUUCCUGUUACAACAUGGGUACAUGCUUCGUCCUAGGUACCAUCCAAACUGGAAGCCUCCAUGGAAUAGACCCUGGAACUUCUUUAAGGACCUGUUUGACUUUCCUGACUUUAUUUCAUACCAAAAAUACAACCUUAUGGAUGCUACCCGCAUCAGCGACGGCGCAAGAGUAGUAAUGAAGCAAGUCUUCCUUGAGGAAGAUAACGUACCCCUCCUGGAAUAUUUGAAUUCUCCUGAAAUGCGUGCGGACCCCAGAAAUAACACGGUCCCCCUCCUCGAAGUAAUACCUUUACCGUCGCAGUAUGAAAUGGCCAAAUCGCGUGAAUCGGCAGUGCUCUUGGUAAUGCCUCUCUUAUUCCCUUUGAUGAGUUGGAGCUUCCCAUUUCAGCACGUCAGGGAGAUUGUAGAGGCAAUUGACCAGCUCAUCAAGGUGGGGCCGGAUGCAUGUUUUCUCAACUAUAUGAUGGACCCUACCAAUGCCAUUCCUAGCAGCUUCCAUUACGCGCGACAUUCCCUUCAUCCUGACGGUAAAUCUUGGGCUGUUUUUAAAGACCGUUGCCUGGUUGCCCCUGUGAAAUAUUACAUGAUUGAUUAUGAGACCGCUGAUUACUUUCCUCCAAAUGUUUUAUCGGAAGGACGAUACGGCCAGGUCAAAACAGUACCUGAGUGGUCUCUCGAAGCACCAUACGACCCUUUCAAAUUGGAUGUAUACCAACUAGGAUGUCAGGUACAACAAUUUUCCAAAGAAUAUACCGGGUUGGACUUCCUUGAACCCCUCUAUGCAGCGAUGACCCAUCCUAGCCCUGACAUGAGACCUACUGCGGCAGAAUCACUUCAGCAAUUUGAACGUCUCAUCAAUUCAUUGGAUCCAGAAUCUCUUUCUUCCGAGAUAUGGAUUAAAAGAUUUGAUUCGCAUAUGCUCAUGGCCCAAAAGAUAGCUAUGGAAUAUUCUCCUUCUCACAAAAAGCGGCAAUUAUUUGCGUUGGGGAAGAAAAAACUUUCCAAAAUAUUUAAUGCUGUCAAUGUUUUAUCAUAA